AUCUAGCCAUCAAUUCGCCCAAAUAUUCAGAACAACGUUUUCUCGUCUCCCUAUCACUGUCCUGAUCUGCAUUGCUGCAUUAGCACUCGUUGUACGGUUCAUCUCCCGCGAUGCAGCCGCCGUCCAUGAGCCAGUUGCUGCUGCUCCUACUUCCGACGACGACUCAAUUGGCGGCGGCGGGCUUUCUUUCAUCCUCUGGUCGAUGAAUUUAGAUAUGAACAAACUUGGGAGUAUGUGAUGUUCCCGGUGAAACAAUUAGCAAAUUCAUUCAACAGUGUUAAACGGAUCUCUGGUAUAAACAAUCUAGGACAUUGUAAACAUCUAAAAAUUUGAUUUAAUUUGGUAGGGGCCGCGCGGACGCGUACCCCCUCUUGCCACAAAUUAUGACGUCCACUCUCCCUCUUGGGGAGAUGGUAAGCCAGUGCUCCUCCCAAGUGCAAUGGAGGCCACUAGCCUAGGCCAUGGACCUUCUUGAUCGCCCAUAGACCCCGUCCAGGUAAGUAAGAUUGUACGCAGUCCUGCCUCUCCUUUUAUACCCUUCCCCUGCUACCCUUCUCACGUCGCCAAGCGAUGUGGUACUAAUCCUCUACCAUCCAUUGCUAAUUGCCGUAGUCGAAUCGUUCUCCGAGUGGCGCGCUUGUAGUUUUUGGGCCGUGGGCUCUUUCGCUCGGCCUUUCAUGGGCUUGCGGAUCCGGCCCAUGAAAUGCUUUUGGCCCAAGCAGAUGCAGAGCUAGUUCUCCAUUGCCGCCUUGCCGCCGUGGCGGCGUGAGCUACCAGAACAGGAAUUGUUCGUCAUGACUGAUGCAUGCUUGCUGCUAAUUUUCAGGCUUCAGCCAGGAGAAAAAAAAUUAUGUUUCCAUGCACAUUUCAGCAGCUGCUUGUAGUUUUAGCCAGCCAUCAAUUCGUUCAAAUCUUUGCAACAUGUUUUCUCCUCUCCCUGUCACUGUUCUUGUUAGCAUUGCUGCAUUGGCGUUCAUCUCCGGCGAUGCAACCAUCGUCCAUGAGCCAGUUGCUGCUGCUGCUGCACCUUCUUCUGACGAGGCUGAUUCCAUCGACGGCGGCGGUGGCGGAUUUUCUCUCCCCCUCGUUCGCCGGAGGUCCACCACCACCACCACCAUGAUCGACGUUGCCAAAAAGGAGAUCCAGCUUGCCACCGCCAUCGCCGCCGGAGACAAGAAGCUCCUCGUGCCGUUGUACGGCCGGCCACAAGGUGGCAGCACCUACCUCGUGCAGCUCCGCAUCGGCACGCCCACGGACCGGAUCUCGCCGAGGUACGUCCUGUUCGACACCGGCAGCGACCUCUCGUGGACGCAGUGCGAGCCCUGCACCAACUGCUCCUCCUUCACCCCGUACCCGCCCCACGAUCCGUCCAAGUCCCGCACGUUCCGCCGCCUCUCCUGCUUCGACCCGAUGUGCGAGUUGUGCACCGCCGUCGUCGAUGGCGGAGGCGGAUCUGCAGGGUGCCUGUUCAGGCGGCGCUACGGCGACGGCGGCGCCGUGUCAGGCGAGCUCGUGUCGGACGUCUUCCACUUCGGCGCGGCAGGCGACGGCGGCGGGUACCAGCUCGAGCGGGACGUCGCGUUCGGCUGCGCGCACGUCGAGGAUUCCAAGGCUGUCAGGGGUUACAGCACCGGCAUCCUCGCGCUUGGCAUCGGCAAGCCGUCGUUCGUGACGCAGCUGGGUGUGGAUAGGUUCUCGUACUGCAUCCCAGCAUCAGAGAUAACCGACGACGACGACGACGACGACGACGACGAGGAGAGAUCGGCGAGCUUCCUCCGGUUUGGUUCUCACGCAAGAAUGACAGGGAAGAGGGCCCCGUUCAAGCAGGACGGCAGCGGCUACGCCGUUCGCCUGAAGAGCGUGGUGUACCAGCACGGCGGUCGCCUGAAUCAGCAGCAACCUGUACCCGUAUAUGUUGCCGGAGAAGAAGCAGCAGCAGCCAUGCCGAUGCUGGUGGACUCCGGAACGACGCUGCUCUGGCUACCGGGCAGCGUCUUCUACCCUCUGCAGAGGAGGAUCGAGGAGGACAUCUCUCUCACCAGGAGGUACGACCUCACGCAUCCAAGCCUCUACUGCUACCUCGGAAACAUGACGGAUGUCGAGGCGGUUUCAGUGACGCUCGGCUUCGGUGGAGGCGCGGAUCUCGAGCUGUUUGGCACUUCGCUGUUCUUCACUGACGAGAAUUUAACAGAAGACUGGGUUUGUCUAGCUGUUGCUGCGGGGAACAGGGCGAUACUGGGAGUGUAUCCUCAGCGUAACAUCAACGUCGGGUAUGAUCUGUCCACCAUGGAGAUAGCGUUUGAUCGUGAUCAGUGUGAUCGUGUGUAGUGGUAGCUGAUGUUUGUUAAUAUUUUUCAUGCUGUCGCUCUGCAUUUCAGCUCCUCUCUAAUGUUAGUCUGUAUGAACAGAAGUUAGCAGCCACUAUCAGUGAGAAAUCAUUAUUUUUAUACAUUAUAUUCCCUUU